UUGCAGCAGGCCUAGUAUCAGAACCUUGGCAGAUGGUCUUUUAACUUUUUCUCUACAAAAAUAAUUCUCCGUCCCUCUCCCUCUUUACACAUACAUACAUUAUACAUACAUAAAGGCUGCAUCUUUCUCACUCUAUAGAUACGUAUACAUGCACAUCGAUAUCUUUUUGUUUCUCUCUCUCUCUCUAUGGGUUUUUUGAGAGGGGAAACUGAGUACCCACUGUAUAAUAGAGAGAGUUGUUUCUAUUCUCUCACACACACCUUGCAGCAGCUCCCUGGCUAAACGAUGUGAUUGAACAUUGCUCUUCACAGUUUUCCAUAAUUCUCACUGGAAUAAUUAUAUCCUUCUUCUCCAAUCUCUUUUAUCAAUUCUGUAAAUCCAAGACUCAAUGCUCUCAUAGUUAAACUCUUUUAACAGUUUCAGCCCAAAACCGUAUUCUAGAGAAGGCCUUUACAUCAACUUGUCUUUUUUGUCGGACUGGGAAAAACCUGGUUUCUAGAUGGUUGUGAGUGUAGUGUAAGCCAAAUUUAAGUUGGGAUUAUGGCUAAUUAUUUGAAAAUAAUCGCUAUUCUGGGAUUCCUAGUAUUGUUCUUGAGCUUUGCUUCCGGGGAUUCAAAUGACGGGGCAACUUUGCUGGACAUGAAGAAGUCAUUCAGAGAUGUGGAAAAUGUUUUAUAUGACUGGACAGACUCUCCAUCUGCAGACUAUUGUGUAUGGAGAGGGGUAACCUGCGAUAAUGUCACCUUCAAUGUGGUUGCACUUAAUCUCUCGGGUUUGAAUCUUGAUGGUGAAAUCUCAACUGCAAUUGGACAGCUCAAGGGCCUUCUCUCAAUUGACUUGAGGGGAAAUAGGCUCUCAGGCCAGAUACCUGAUGAAGUUGGUGAUUGCUCAUCUUUAAGAAGCUUGGAUUUAUCUUUCAAUCUUCUGCAUGGAGACAUUCCCUUCUCCUUUUCAAAGCUGAAGCAGCUGGAGAGCUUGAUUUUGAAAAAUAACCAGUUAAUCGGUCCGAUUCCUUCAACACUGUCUCAGAUUCCAAACUUGAAAAUACUGGACCUGGCUCAGAAUAAAUUGAGUGGGGAAAUACCUAGACUUAUUUAUUGGAAUGAAGUUCUUCAGUAUCUGGGGUUGCGAGGAAAUAACUUAGUCGGCACUCUUUCCCCUGACAUGUGUCAACUGACGGGGUUGUGGUACUUCGAUGUUAGGAACAAUAGCUUGACGGGUUCAAUUCCUGAUAGUAUUGGCAACUGCACUGGCUUCCAGGUUUUGGAUUUGUCAUACAACAACUUUACAGGGGAGAUUCCAUUCAACAUUGGGUUUCUCCAAGUCGCUACCUUAUCAUUGCAAGGUAACCGGUUUUCAGGGCAAAUUCCAUCUGUAAUUGGAUUGAUGCAGGCACUUGCGGUUCUGGAUCUUAGCUGCAACAUGUUGAGUGGACCAAUCCCUUCAAUUCUCGGAAAUUUAACUUACACUGAGAAAUUGUAUCUACACGGCAACAAGCUAACUGGCUCCAUUCCUCCAGAGCUAGGCAACAUGACAAAGCUCCACUAUUUGGAACUAAACGAUAACCUUCUUACUGGGAAUAUUCCACCAGAACUUGGGAAGCUCACAGAUUUAUUUGACUUAAAUGUUGCCAACAACCACUUAGAUGGGCCUAUACCAGAUAAUCUUAGCUCUUGUACUAAUUUGAAUAGCCUUAAUGUACGUGGUAACAAAUUGAAUGGAACUAUUCCCCUGGCAUUUCAAAAGCUGGAAAGCAUGACUUAUUUGAAUCUAUCCUCCAAUGAGAUUAAGGGCCCCAUUCCAAUUGAGCUAUCACGAAUUGGAAAUUUGGACACUUUAGAUCUCUCAAACAAUAGAAUCAGUGGUUAUAUGCCUUCCUCACUUGGUGACUUGGAACAUCUCCUGAAACUGAAUUUGAGCAAGAAUGAUUUGACUGGAAUCAUACCAGCUGAGUUUAGUAAUCUAAGAAGUGUUAUGGAGAUCGAUCUUUCAAACAACCGGCUCUCGGGCCCAAUUCCUCAGGAACUUGGUCAGCUUCAGAAUCUUUUCUUGCUUUAUCUGGAGAACAAUACUUUAUCUGGUGAUGUAAUGUCCCUUGCCAAUUGUAUCAGUCUCAUGAUUCUGAACGUAUCGUAUAACAACCUUGAUGGGAAUAUUCCGACGGGCAAUAACUUUUCAAGAUUUUUACCUGACAGCUUCUUGGGUAAUCAUGGUCUCUGUGGAUACUGGCUUAGCUCUUCUUGCCAUGCAUCUCGCCCAACUGAGCGAGUUGCAAUUUCAAAAGCAGCUAUACUGGGAAUUGCAUUGGGUGCCUUGGUAAUUCUUCUCAUGAUCUUAGUAGCUGCUUGCCGACCACACAAUACAAAACCUUUUAUGGAUGGACCACUCGACAAACCAGUUAAUUACUCGUCCCCAAAGCUUGUUAUCCUUCACAUGAAUAUGGCCCUUCAUGUAUAUGAAGACAUUAUGAGAAUGACAGAGAACUUGAGUGAAAAGUACAUAGUUGGUUAUGGGGCGUCAAGCACUGUGUACAAAUGUGUUCUUAAAAACUGCAAGCCUGUGGCUAUUAAGAAACUUUACUCUCAGUUCCCACAUUGCCUAAAGGAAUUUGAGACAGAGCUCAAGACAGUUGGGAGCAUCAAGCAUCGGAACCUUGUUGGUCUCCAAGGAUAUUCCCUUUCUCCAUAUGGAAAUCUUCUUUUUUAUGAUUACAUGGAAAAUGGAAGCCUAUGGGAUCUCCUUCAUGGGCCUACAAAGAAGAAAAAGCUUGAUUGGGAUACACGUCUCCAUAUAGCACUUGGUGCUGCACAAGGGCUUGCUUAUCUUCAUCAUGAUUGUAGCCCUCGCAUAAUCCACCGGGAUGUGAAGUCAUCCAACAUUUUACUAGACAAGGAUUACGAGGCCCACCUAACAGAUUUUGGCAUUGCCAAAAGCUUAUGUGCAUCCAAAUCCCAUACUUCCACUUACAUAUUGGGAACCAUUGGUUAUAUCGAUCCUGAGUAUGCCCGUACCUCCCGUCUAACAGAGAAGUCUGAUGUCUACAGCUAUGGAAUUGUCCUACUCGAGUUGCUUACUGGAAGAAAAGCUGUGGAUAACGAAUCCAAUCUUCAUCAUCUGAUAUUAACCAAGGCGUUGAACAAUGCAGUCAUGGACACAGUAGACCCAGAGAUCUCUGAAACAUGUAAAGAUCUCGGAGAAGUCAAGAAGGUUUUUCAGCUAGCACUUUUAUGCACUAAGAAACAACCAUCAGAGAGGCCAACCAUGCAUGAAGUGGCUCGAGUUCUUGGGACCAUGAUGCCACUAUCCAAUCCGAAAAUGCUGACCCCAUCAGCACCUGGUGCCCUCCCAUCCACCAAAGGUCCAUGCUACAUGGAUGAGUAUGCAAAUCUCAAAACUCCUCACUUGGUUCAUUGUUCAUCCAUGAGCACCUCGGAUGCCCAACUUUUCCUCAAGUUCGGGGAAGUUAUAUCCCAGAACACCAGUUGAUCUUAUCUUCAGGCAGGAAAAAAAAAAAAGAAAAAAAGAAAGGGAACUCUUGCUCUGCUGAAAGAAUCUAGGGCAAAACAUGAAAUAUUGUAUACGGAUGUAUUGCCAAUUAAUUAUGCUCUGAAAAAAUGGACUGGCUCAUUGCCGCCAUCAAGAAGAAAUAGUAUUGACAUUUUGAGUACUGUAUCAAGUAUGGUCGAGGACCACUGUCAUUGAAUCUAGGCUGGAACUGCCUGUAUGAUGCUUAGCCAUCCAUAUAUGCUAGCACAUAGAUUUUCCCUUGUGGUUUA